AUGCCGCCGUUCCGGCGCUGGGCAGAUCUUCCGCCGGAACUCCUAUGCUUCAUCUGCGACGGCCUCGACCUCAACGGCUACGUCAGCUCGCGGGGGGUCUGCACCGCGUGGCGAUGCGCGCUCGUGCCGCCCACCCCGUCCCUCCUCCUCGUCCCCGACGACGACAGGUGCUGCCCGUCCGCCGCCUCCCUCCCCAUGCACCGCUCCUUUGCGCUCAAGCCCUUCCCCCCUGGGAGACCACGCGUCGUCGGCUCCAGUAACGGAUGGCUCGCCCUCUCCAUCGACAGCCUAACGUUCAGCAUCUUCAAUCCCACCACCGCCACCGAGAUCGUCCUUCCGCCGCUGAUCUACAAGGGAACCUGGUUCUCCAAGUCCAAGCUCGUCUUCACGCCCAACCCCGCUAGCGACGACUUCAUUGCCGCCGCCAUCUGCGACCUGGACAGGCUCGCCUACGUCACCUCCGGCGCCAGGAGGUGGGCCAUCCUCGAUCCCGUGCCCUUAGCCCGCGGGGAUCGGCUCGUCGACUUAGUCUACCAUGAAAACGGCAAGGUCUACUGCCUCACCUGGUAUGGAGACGUGCACGUGCUCCUUCUACCCGAGCGCCGCCGCCGAAAAUCAAUUCUGGUCGAGAAGCCAAGGGCACCGUUACUCUCGUCUACGGAAAAACCUUUGCAAGUGCGGAGGCCACAACAUCAGCGUUGUAUUCGUCUUACGGGAGCUACUCCUAUAUCUGUUAAGCUUGAGCCAGAACCAGACCUGAAUGCGCCGGCCAUAGUUGAGCCCUUGGUGUCUGGAGGCAACCUUCCGUUCAGCCCCGCCACCAGUUUUGCUCCGCCAUACAAUACCCUCAGGACGUUCACUAGUGCCAAGAACCUUGUGUUCUGCGAGGGCAAUUUGUACCAGAUAUGGAGGAAUACGAGCUGCAGGAUUACUCUCCACCUACCAGCAGGAGGUGGUCAUCGCCGUCUAGAAGACAAUGAAGUGUUCGUUCUGCGGUAUCAACCGCAGCGCCAGCCAUGCUGGGAUGUGGUGACCGACUUGGGGGGCUACUCGGUCUUUCUCGGGAGGAACAAUGCGGUGUCAAUGUAUUGUCAAGGUGUUCCGGGGCUCAAGGGUAAUUGUGUCUAUUGGAUCGGCGGCAGAGGUAGGGAUCAGGCCAUGGUAUUCGACAUGACAACCGGGAGGUCUACACCUUGCCUUCCUGCUGCACCUGGGGGUGCUCCGCAAAGCACAAUUUGCUGGUACUUCUUCAGCGACAUGGAGAAUAACUGCAGCAAUAGUCGAGGAGAAAGCGUUAAUCACAGUGUGGGAGUUCGAGCUAAUCCAGAAAAACAACAAGAUAGUAUCGAAGAAUGA